AUGUGGCGGGAUCGAACCAAUCUCUACAUAUCCUAUCGCCAAUCCUUCGCACACCACCCAUCCAAGAAACCGCGCUUCACAGGCCCAAAUGGCUUCGACUCACCCUCCCACCCGGAGGAAAGUCGGCGACUGAUCUCCGAGACGAGCGGCUUCGAAGAAGAUGGCGACAUGGUUAUCGAGAUGGAUCUCCUACCUCCACGCUGGGUGGAUGUUCAAGAAGAAGUCUCAGAGUAUCUAACAGAUAUCGCGCAGAAGUCUGUGGAGCUGGAUAAACUGCACCACAAGCAUUUGUUACCUGGGUUCGGUGAUGAGGAUGUCCGGAGACACGAUGAAAGCCAGAUCGAGCGGUUAACGCAGGAUAUUACGCGCAGCUUUCACGAUUGUCAGAAGGCCAUUAAGAGGAUCGAGAGGAUGGUCCAUGAAUCGAAAGAGCAGGGCACCGUGACAAGUGGUGAGGAGACCAUGGCCAAGAACAUUCAGAUUUCUUUGGCAUCAAGAGUUCAGGAGGCGAGCGCGAGGUUUCGAAAGAAGCAAAGCACAUAUUUGAAGAAAUUACGAGAUAUAGAAGGCUUUUCUACGCCAUUCGAUCCUGCGCCUACUCCUGUUCAGAAUCCUUACACCGACCCCUCUUUGAUGGAGUCUGAUGCCGACAAGUCCUUCUCGCAGACUAUGUUGCAGCAGACUCAACAACGGGCGACGGGUCAGAACGAUGCGGUUAUUGCGCAGCGCGAGCGCGAGAUCAACGAUAUCGCGAAGGGGAUUAUUGAGCUUUCGGAUAUCUUCCGUGAAUUGCAAACUAUGAUCAUCGACCAAGGCACCAUGCUCGAUCGCAUUGAUUAUAAUGUUGAGAGAAUGGGGACCGAAGUCAGGGGUGCGGAGAAGGAACUUAAAGUGGCUACAAAUUACCAACGCCGAACCACCAAACGAAAGGUCAUGAUUCUGUUAGCCCUCAUAGUGGUAGGACUGAUCAUUCUUUUGGUCGUGAAACCGAAGAACCAUGCUUCUGCGCCGCCACCACCUGCCGAUGAAUCAUCUAAUAAUAUCCGUUCUUUAUUGGUAUCGGCGAGGGAAAGGCGACAUUACUCCUCGAGUCGCUUCGGUCGAGAUCGUUGGAUGGAUCCUGAUAUAUUUCGAUGA